AUGGCCCACCAACUCCUGAAUGACUUGCCGCCCCCAAGCUCCAGUCCGAUUGGAGAGCCAGGUCCCACCGUUCCCACCUCAGUCCAUCGUGGUGCUGGUCAGUAUCCCAUUUUGACCCAGCAGACCAGAACUGCUCAAGUUGAUGCUUCACCCAUCAGAGCCCCUCAAGUCAGGGCUCCCAAGGUUGAGCUUCCCCAAAUCGAUACUUGUGCACUUGACUUUAACGCAAUGGUCCCUCGUCUAUGGACGCCUGGCCCGUUGAGCCCUCACUCAUUGGCACCAUCUCCACCACCGGCAGAACCUACUCAUGAUCUGCGUCCCCCUCUUCCGUCUGCUCCUCCGAUCGGCCCGCAGCAUACGUCGCCUCCCCUGGCAACUGCUCCUGUUUCUUGCGGUGUUUCUCCUUCUAGGUCGGUGGGCCCGCAGCAUGUGGUCCCUGCAGCGCCACCUGGCCUUGCUGCCACUCAUCCGACUACAAUCGAUCCCCACAAUAUCUAUCAAACCGCGACGCGCCCUUGCCACAUUGCUCAUAGGCGAUAG